GGAACAUCUGUUUAAACUAAAAUGAUAAAUUCUAUGGAUUUUUAUUUUCAUUCAGGUAUUUUAUGGAAUGGAUACUGUGUAGCAUUUUGCAUUUUGUUCGUGUUCCAGCAAAUAUUUUAUCCAAGAGGUGAUUUAAAAAAACAACAACAACACCAGAACCAAACAAUACGAUACGUCACGAUUGACAUAUUUGCCGUCAGAAAGAAUAUUUGUUACAAUUUAGAAAGAAGUAAUAAACUAAUGUAACGUACUUCAGUCUUAAAAAACAUGUUUGUUAUAUUUCAAUAACAAUAAAGGGUAGCUUAUUUCAUAUACUAUGCUAUGUCAUCUGGAAGUUUUCAAAACAGGAUACGUUUUAAUUAUAGUUAAUUUCUUCGAAAACUCGGAAACUGUUAUAUAGGAAAGCAAAUAGAUAACUAUCAUAACACAUUCAAGUUUGUGCCUGGAUUGUAAAGAGUGUUUACAUGACACGAUGAUUUUAACUGUGUAUGGAGGGAUAUUUAUGAAUCUUUUUGUUUCAGCCCUAGAAGCAAGCGAAGGGACCUGCUCAGAGUGGAAACUUUCCGGCGGAUCCUCCUGGUACGAGGGCAUUGUCGAAGUAUUCUAUAAUCAGUCAUGGGCAAAUAUCUGUGCUGAUUCGUUCACAUACGAAGAUGCUGAGGAAGUUUGCGAUAUGAUAUUCAAAAAAGGCGAAAAUAUUCUUGAAGAAACGAUUCUAUACGAGUCCAACGUAUACAGAGCAGUGGUACAAAGUAGAAAUAUUUCUUACAAAAUGUGCGGAAACCAUGGGCAGGAAGGCAAAACAACUAAUAGAAAAUGCCGCAAAGUAGCAAUUCUCUGCUGUGUUGAUAGGUCUACAGAUUCAUGCAGUAGCAAUUGGACAUCUACACUAAAUAUGGAAUAUAUGAUUCGGAGAGGGAGGGAACACCUCCGGUACGACCAUCUGCUCCAAGUUAAUUUUACAAACAUGAACAUCAUCAAAUCAUGGACAAAGUCUGCGUUGGAAGAGCAAACAUGUGAUAGAAGUGUAUCGACCAAUGACAGCGCAAUUGGGAUGGCGAAGAAUUGCUCAAACAAGUGCCUUGUGACGUCAGAUCUGAUAUUUAUAAUGUUCAGUGCGGAUAACAUAACAUGCUGUCUGAGAAACAGUUCUAAUCAGACUCUACAGAACGAAGACUGUGCAAUCAGAAAACUGAGUAUUGUCAAUAGACCGACUGACAAUGUAACUUCUUGUUUAGCUGCAGAAGUAAUCAACGGUUCUGUGUACGUUUCGAUUGAAGAUUGCAGCAGGUUUUUCAAAGCUUUCAAUGUUUCAAAAUACAUAGGUAAAGUAUAUUAUUCAGAUUUUAUAUACAUUUUACUAUUCAUUCGUCUACUGAAAACAACGUGGUAACAU